AUGAUGCUGCUGCUUGGAACUCUAGUUCUAUGUCUCUCCGGGUCUGUACUGUCAGAUCAACAAUUGAAAUUAGUGCACGUGGUAUUUUCACAUAAAUUGUACGCGCCAAUCAAAAUCAAUGAAGACAAUACUUAUACGUAUCCUGAAAAAUUGGACUAUAAAUAUUUUUUGGAGUCUACUGAUGACAUGGUAAAUUCAGCGAAAAUGGACAUAUAUAAUCUAGGAGUAUAUUUAAGAAAAAAUUACAAUUCUUUUCUUGGAGAAAUUUUUCACCCAGAUUUAACGAGAACACGAACAACAGAGUACCCUCUGUCUAUGAUUUCUGGGCUUUUGGUGAACGUAGGUCUUUGGCCUCCUGCUAAAGCUCAAGUUUGGCAAAGUGGCUUAAAUUGGCAACCAGUUCCAACAGACUACAUAUCAGCAGAACGCGAUACUUUAUUAUUAGGAAGUCUAUGUCCUAGUUUUUCUGAAGAUGAAAAAAAAGCUCAGAUUGCUUUAAGGUCUCCUAAACAUGAAUUGUUAUAUUCUUCUGCCACCAAAUCAUAUGGAUCAGUAAUAAAAACUCCUUCAGACGUCGCAUUACUUUCUUCUGUUUUACAAACUAUUGUUGAUUCCAAUAUGUCUCUCCCUGCAUGGACUUUAGAUUUAUCCACAGAUAUUUCAGAGUUAACUUUCUUAUCCUACGACCAGUUGGCAAAUACUGAUCGUCAGAAGAAGUUAAACGGUGGGACAUUGCUCAAAAAAAUAAUCAGCGACUCGUUGACACAUCAAGAGAGCAACGGCACCAGUAAACUUAAAAUUAUAAUGUACAGUGCCGAAGACCGUAACAUCAUCGGAUUAUUGAAGAGUAUAAAUUUGUGGUCGCCUCAUUAUUUAUCUUCAACGACAGCACUCAUUUUUGAGACCUAUAGUGAUACUUUGACAAACAAAUACUCUCUAAAAAUGAUGUUUUAUUCAUGCAAUGAAACAGUUCCUCUUAAAUUAAAAAACUGUAAUCAAUAUUGUCCAAUUGACAAGUUCUCUUAUGAAUUAAAGAAUGUACUUCCUGAAAACGCGACAGCUUUAUGCGAAGAAAUAUCGAGUGCAUCGCCAAUGCCAAUAAUUAAUUCAGUUUUUUUAUUUAUUUUGUUAAGUUUGACAAUGAUUAAUAUUUAUUAA